CAGAGAAUUAAUUAGUUAGAGUUUUUUUCUAUUGAAGCUAAGAUGUUUACUCCUAAAACUGGAACAAAUUUGCCAUCUUCUGCAAGUGGGCGAGCUUUAGCCUCAGGCAGCCGGAGACGCACCAGUGUGGGUGGACUUGCAGGCAGUCCAUUUGGUGUGGGAGGUUCUCGCUCCAAUGCACGUUCACCUUUUGCUAAUCCAAGUGGCCGCAACACUCCCACUCUAGGCACUCCUGGUACUGCCUUGGGCCAACAAAGUCAAUAUUGCAUUGAAACUUAUGGAAAUGCCUUGCCAGCUCUGGUCAAAGAAGCCCUCACAUUUUCUGAGAAGAGCAGUGAAAUGUCAGUGGUGUUAAGCUCUUGUGGCUGGGCUUGGCUGGUGACGGGGCGUCGGCUGCUAGUGUGGCGGUUCACCAAUGAAGGACACCUCCCGCUUGCAGGCACGCCCAUGUCAAGGUCAGGCCGUGGAGGCCAUGCCACAGAGUUCAGGGAGUUGCUGCUCCCCCAGAGUGACUUGGCGCACAGAGCUCAGCUGGUCGUACUACGACAACCUGACUCAUCUCAGUUGCCGUCAUGCAUGGCAGUGUCACCUGAAGGAAACGUGCGUUACUGGCACAGCAUCGCACACGAGUCUUCCUACGCUGAGAUCACCACUGAGCUCCAGGGCCAGGAAUGCGACAGUUUAUUGUACCUGAGCUCAAGACUCGGCUACUUCCUGGCGACGACGACCUCGACGUGCCUUCUGCUGCUGCCGAGCCCUGCGCCGCACUCCUCUCAGCCUGAAGUGAGCGUUCGUCUGGUGAAGGCCCCAGCAGGGCUGCUGGGGGGGCUGUCCCGUCGGGUGACCUCCUUGAUGUUUGGGUCCUUGCCCACCCAGUCCCCCGAAGCUCGGCUGGUGCGAGUGGUGUGCCGGAGCAGCAGCGCUGGCGGUGUGGAGGUGCUGGUAGUGUCAGCAGAGCACCUGCAGUGCUGGCACUUGUCUCCUGGCAGCUCAAGUGACAGCCUCGUCUACCAGGCGCCGCUCCUGCAGCUCGUCAGUCAGGCACUUGCUGCCAAGAUGCAGGCUGGCCUGGGUGCCGCUGGGGGCACGGGCGCUAGAGGCCCUGCAUGUGGAGGUGGCGGGGUGUGGCUACUGGACGCGCAGCCACAGCCACACGCGCCCUCGCAGCUCGUGGUGCUUGUGGCGGCCUUGCAUCCUGCGCGUGGCUCAGAGCUCACGCUUGCACUGGCGGUGGUGGAGAGCGGCAGCUGCCCCCAGGGGGUACUGAGCACGACACUACUGCAGCAGAGUGACGUCCCCCCCUCCCUCGACCCCCCCUCCUCCAGUGGGGGGGUGAGUGAUGACUCAGCGCCCCCUGCCCCCCUCCUGCAGUACAGACUUGUGCUUGCCUCCUGUACUGCCUUCGUGCACACCCCCAGCAGCGUCAUCGCCGUGCCCUGCAGCGACGCGACCAUCGCGCUGUCGGUCCGCGUCGCCCUGCCCGCCCCCGGGGACCGCCUGCUGGGGACGGGGCGCCUCAAGGGGCACGCGCUCUUCUUCAGCGCCUCGCAGGGCGUCCUCGCCGUCACGCCCCCCGGGGGCGCCGCCCCUGCAGGCGACCUGCAGCUACAGAGGUGUGCUUCUCUUAUGCCUUCAUCUGAGCAUGGAGUGCUGGAGGAGACGUUCCCCCAGGGGAGCUACCAGGACCUGCCUGACGCAGCCCUCGCCCUCUCCAGGAAGCUGCUGGACGACACCCCCGCUACUGACCCCCGCUGGGCCGAGGUGGGGGGCGUGGGGGGCGGUGGGGGCACCACACACUCACUCAUCAUCACCAACCAAAUCAGGGACAAGAUGACGGCACACAAGUUCUACCUCAACUUCCUGCACCAGACGGGGCUGUGGGGCCAGUUGGGCCUGCUGGGGAGCAGUGGGGACCAGGCCCGCAAGACGCUGCAGGAGGACACCCAGCGCCUCGCCUUCGCGGCCGCCCUCAGGGCCCGGCACCAGCAGCACCAGCAGCUCGUCGACCACGCCAUCGCGGAGGUGGUGCGUGAGCGUGGUGACGUGGUGACGGGUCGCCUCACUGCCGCCGACCUCUUCUACUGGCGCGUGAGCGCCGUGCACGACAUCGUGUGGGGCCUCAGCAGGGCCCUGCAGCAGGUGGUGGACGCGGACGUGGCGCCCCGGGACGCCCCCGGGACGCUGCACACGACGGCGUCCCUCGUCCUCGCCCUCGUCAGGGCCGCCACGGCGGGGGGCAGGGCCGCCACGGCGGGGGGCAGGCCCGCCCCCCCGGCCAUACCUUCGUCGCCCCCCACUGAGUAUGUCCCCUGGACCGCCAGUGGGGGACCCAGGGGCCUCCGCACCCUCCUCAUAGCCCUCCACAGGAAUAUUGUAGAGGUGGGUAUCGGGCAGGCUGCUGACGCUGCGUCGCGCGCGUCGCUGUACGCGUCGCUCGUCGACCUCGCUGACGUCAUCCUGGCGGGCUACCAGCCGCAGCUGACCUCCCUGCUGCGACCUGCUGACACCGCUGCCAGCGCUGCCAGAAUAUCAAUUAAAUUACGGGGGGCGCAGUACCCGCAGGCGCUGUCCCUGGCGGAGAAGUACUGCGACUACCGCGUCCUGGUGGAGGUGUGCGACGCCAUGGAGGACACCCAGCGCCUCCAUGGGUACAUGGAGCACUUCAGCGACCAGGGCUUCUCGGACUUCGUGUUCCGUUGGUUCCUGGAGACCGGCAAGCGGGGGCGCCUGCUGAGCUAUGGGCGGGGGGGCAGCGGCCCCGAGGGCGGCGAGUGGGCGGCACAACUUGCCACCUUCCUUAAAGGCUACGCGGGCCUGGAGUGGCUGCACCAGCUCGGGUCCCGGGACUUCGCCGCGGCCCACGAGUCCCUGAAGCAGCAGGCCCUCGCUGAGACCGCCUACCUCGCCAGGAAGAAGACGCUGGUGAGCCUGAGCAAGCUGUGCGGUAUGGUGGCGAGCGCUAAGGACGCGCAGGAGGACGAGGACGACGAGGACGUGACGCAGCCCUGCACUGACCAGGACCUGCCCACACCUGACCACGCACGGCACACCAGGGAUGACGUAGGGGAAGACGAGCCUGACCUCCUGAGGGCGGAGGAGGAACUCAUCCUCUACCAGGAGCAGCUCCCCCAGCAGGUGCUGGCUGCCCACAACCUCUCCCCCGACACCAUGAGAGUCCUCUCCCCCGCACACAUGAUUGAGCUGUACACAAGUGAGGACAACGUGUGCGCCACGGAGCUGGACUUCAAGAAGGCCCUGGAGUUGCUGUCUUUUGUGCCGCGCCUGGAGGAGUGCGAGGCCCUCAAGCUGAGCAUCUGGGUGAGGGCGGCCCUGAGGGACUCGUGGCACUCCCUCAGCACUGACGCCCCUCUGGACGCCAUCAGCGGCACUCUGCUCUUCAGGACUGUGGAACUUGCCUACUCGCAGGGCUGCGACCUGCGUGACCUGCUGGUGCCUGUAGAGGACCUGCUGGCGGCGGAGGACCUGCAGCCGCUGGCGCGCGACGCGGGCUUCUGCUUCCUCGUACGGGCGGGCUAUGAGAAGCUGACACUGCUGACGGCGUGAACUGUGAACUGCUGACGGCGUGAACUGUGAACUGCUGACGGCGUGAACUGUGAACUGCUGACGACGUGAACUGUGAACUGCUGACGCCGUGAACUGUGAACUGCUGACGCCGUGAACUGUGAACUGCUGACGCCGUGAACUGUGAACUGCUGACGACGUGAACUGUGAACUACAUUUUACUUCAGGUGUUCACAACUGUGAUUAAAUAUUUGUGUUGCAUCUUAAUAAUAAAAGAAAGAUGAAUUGAA